UUGAAAACAUUCCAGCACAGACUGCAAACUUGAGAAGGGGGAGGUGAGAAGCAUGUUGAUUGCUGUCUCUAUACACAGAAAAAAAGCAUUUUAAAAGCUGUUAGAAAAAGACCAGAGCUUACUGAACCAUGGCUUUCAUGCUGGAGAGAAUAAUGACCACCUCACCUCAUGUUCUGUAUCUACUGAUUGGGUUCAUCUUCAUCUUUGUGCUUUUGAAAGCCUCUCAACUAUAUUGGAAGAGAAGGGAGCUACUGAAAACAUUCAAGAUGUUUCCUGGUCCUCCCAGCCAUUGGUUUUAUGGCCACAACAAGGAGAUCCAACGAGGACAAGAAUUCAACAAGUUGUUGGAAUGGGCAGAAAAGUACCCCUAUGCCUUUCCUAGAUGGUUUGGUAGUUUUGCAGCUAGUUUAGUAAUCAACCACCCUGAUUAUGCUCGAGCUGUGUUUGCUCGUCAAGACCCUAAGAGUAUGGUAACCUACAGGUUCUUCCUUCCUUGGAUUGGCAAAGGGCUACUGAUCCUACAUGGACCAAAGUGGUUUCAACAUCGUCGAUUGUUGACUCCAGGGUUCCAUUAUGACAUUUUGAAACAUUAUGUACCACUGAUUGUAGAUUCAACCAAAGUGAUGUUGGAUAAAUGGGAGAAACUGGUUGCCAAGGAUGCCAUGAAGUCACUAGAAGUGUUCGAACAUGUUAGUUUGAUGACUCUAGACAGCAUCAUGAAAUGUGCAUUCAGUUACCAGAGCAAUUGCCAGACUCACAGAGAGUUGGAUUAUUACGUCAAAGCAGUCUAUGACCUGACCUAUCUGGUGGCUCAGAGAACCCGCACACUCUUUCAUCGAAAUGAUCUCUUCUAUUGGUGCAGCUCAGAUGGGCGACAUUUCCGGGAAGCCUGCAAACGGGCCCAUCAACAUACAGAAAAAGUCAUAGAAGACAGAAGGAAAUCCUUUAAGGAGGAGGGGGAGCUCAAAAAGAUCCAGAAGAAACGACAUUUGGAUUUUCUAGAUAUUCUUCUUUCUGCCAAGGAUGAAAAUGAAGUUGGAUUAUCUGAUGAAGAUCUGCGUGCUGAGGUAGACACCUUCAUGUUUGAAGGCCAUGAUACCACAGCCAGUGGUAUUUCCUGGAUCUUAUAUGCAAUGGCCCAGAAUCCAGAACACCAGCAAAGAUGUAGGGAGGAGCUAAAAGACACUGUGGGAGAACGAGACACAGUUCAGUGGGAAGACUUGGGGAAGAUGACUUAUACCACCAUGUGCAUUAAGGAGAGCCUCCGUCUUUACCCUCCAGUCCCUGCUGUGUCCCGACAACUUAAUAAACCCAUAACUUUUUGUGAUGGACGCACGUUGCCUAAAGGUUCCCGAGUGGCAAUUAGCAUUUAUAAUAUUCACCGAAACCCAAGCAUAUGGCAAGACCCAGAGGUAUUUGAUCCCACAAGGUUCUCAUUAGAGAACUCUUCCCAGCAACAUUCUCAUGCUUUUGUGCCCUUUGCAGCUGGACCAAGGAACUGCAUUGGACAGCAGUUUGCCAUGAAUGAAAUUAAAGUGGCUGUUGCCCAAACCCUGCUCCAGUUUGAAAUCUUGCCUGAUCCAGAAAAGCUUCCUCUUCCUGUUCCCCAGGUUAUCUUGAGGUCUGAUAAUGGGAUACAUAUAUUGCUAAAGAAACUCAAUGGAUAAUAAAGAACAGAACAGAAAUUUUGCUUUCAGAGUGACAUCAAUGUCUUUCCUUCAUUACUGCAGAUAGUGUGAUCACUCCCUUUAAUUUCUGUGGAAGACACAGAGCAAAUGUUUUAAAUAAAAAAAUUAAGAAACCA